GAAUCCGUUUGCUGCUUAGGCAUCAGUAAAGCAAGUCGUAAAAGUUUCGUAAAAGUCUUAGUUUGUCGUUAGUAAAACCUGUUAGUGUUUUACAGCCGUGAAUCUUCAGUGGAAGUCAUUCAUAAGGUCCACUCAGGCGGAAACGUUAGCCAUGUAGUUAACUUAGCCGCAAAGCUAAAAACAACUGUGGCUAACUGUACAGCUAGCUAGCUCUUUACUUUCUGAUUUAUUUUUUUAACGGUGUUAUUUUCUAACAUCAGACAAUGCAACACCAUGGUAGUCUUGAGAGAAGGGAUGUGUCCUGGACUGGAUGCGGAUUUAGUGCGUGACCUGCGUGCUGCAGACAUUAAAACAGUGGAGGACGUGGUCUCUUCUGACAUCGAGGAUCUGGCUCAGAGAUGCUCUGUGUCGUAUAAGGCUCUGUUUGCUAUCCGUCGAGUUCUUCUGGCUCAACAUGCAGCGUUCCCCGUGUCAGGAGCCGAUCUUUACGAAGAACUGUUGAGCUCCACAGCCAUCAUCUCCACUGGAAACCCCAGCCUAGAUAAACUGCUGGAUUCGGGCUUGUUCACCGGAGAGAUAACGGAGCUGUCAGGAGGCCCGGGGAGCGGGAAAUCUCAGGUGUGUUUCGGCGUGGCGGUGCACGUCUCCCUGCACCUGAAACAGAGUGUGAUCUUCAUCGAUACGACAGGAGGACUCACCGCCAGCCGCCUGCUCCAAAUGAUGCAGACGGAGAGCAGUAACCCAGAGGAGCAGACGGAGGCUCUUCAGAGGAUCCAUGUCUUCCGCCUGUUCAACAUCUUCUCUCUCCUCGACUGUCUGUUCGCUCUGCGCAGUGGCAGGCUGCAGCAGGCGUGUGCUGGCUCUGUGAAGGCGGUGAUCGUGGACUCGGUGUCUGCGGUUAUCUCUCCUCUGCUGGGAGGAAAGCAGAACGAAGGCAUGUCCUUGAUGAUACAAGUGGCUGGAGCUCUGAAGACGAUGGCGAAGGACUUUAACGUCGCUGCGUUGGUGACGAACCAUGUGACACGCAGCGACAGUGGGGGGGUGCAGCCGGGUCUCGGGGUGUCAUGGAGUCACAUCCCGAGAACCAGAGUCCUGCUGGAGAGGAAGGGGGAGGGGGGGGCGGGCGGGCACUCCAGUCUGCGCUCUGCGACCCUGAUCAAGUCCUCCAGACAGCCCUGUCACAUCAAGGCAGAGUUCGACCUGCAGUGGUGGAGCCGCUCGAAAGAGGGGUCGUCGGGAAAGAGAAAACUGGAAGAGACUGAUUCCUGAUGAGAAAUAAUCUGACCAAAGGCAGGGACGACACGCCUCUUGCGGAUACACUCCCAGAUCCAGCUGGGCGUCACUUUGUGAGCCGAGCUGUCGUCGCCGGGGGCGCCCAGCGUGUGCGUUGCCAUGGAGACUUCGAAGUCGGCCACCAGGUCUCCGUCGUACGCCACGAAGUACCGCCUCAGUUUGUCGAAGUCCUGCACCGAGGAGGGCAGGAAGAGCUUCACGCCGCUGAAGAUGUCCAGCAGCGUCUGAGGGAAACACACUGAAGUUAUUAUAUCGUUCUCUCUGGGAAAUAUAUCAAUCUGUGAAAAAU